UGUAAUAUAGCUCUGCUUGUUAGGGAAAAUAAAGUGCGAAUGGUGGUUUAUAUUAGAACGUGAAGCGUGGGAUGAAAAUUGUUGAUUAGUCAAUCACCGUCAUGACGACGUGUAUUUUAUUCACAGAAAACUUCUUUAUCUUCGUUCGUUUUUAACUUUAUCGACUUUUAUCAUUUCUUUAAAAAAUAUUUUUAAUUUUAUUAUUAUUUAUUACUUUAUUCGUAUUUGAAUUAAAAAAAGAAUAUUUUUUUCUCCAAUUUUGAAAACAUAAAUGCAAAUUAGAAUUGGACUUUAAAUUUUAAAAAAUUGACAUUCAAUAGCCACUUAAUUAUGCUGAUUGAUUUGUGAAGGUUAAUUAAACUUUUUUAAACGCGUUUGAAAAAUUAAUAGUGCAACAGAAGUGAAAAUGUCUUCAUUGAUUAAAGUAAUUCUCUGCAUUAUUUGUAUUAUUUCAAUCGUAUUGCAAACAACAACGGAAAAUGCAGCUCCCUGCUUUCAGAAUGGAAAAAUCGUCAGAGAUUUAAAUUCAACAAAAAUUUCGAAAAUAGAGACAGAAAAUGAAAGUUCCUCAAAAUUGGAAUUAUUGAAAGUAAUUUUAAAUACUAUGCAAAAUUUAUCGGAAAAAGAAAUAAUUUCUUUAAUUAAUCUUUUGAAUUCUGAACAAUCGAAAGAAGAUGGAAAUAAAACAGAAGAGAAUUCUUCGACAAUUGAAUCUUUAAAUAGAGAAAAUAUUUCCGAACGUACAUUACCGAUUGUGAUUACAAAUUCAUCAGUAAUAGUCGAGAAAUCUGAGACAAAUGACAAAGAGUCAAUAAAAAAAGAUGAAAAUACAACAAUCAAUUUGGAUUUAAAAAAAUCCGAUGUAAAUAAUUUUACAGAAUUGGAAAAAAAUUCGAAAAAUAAUAUAACCGAAAUAAUUAAUGAUGAUAAUAUACAGAAAUUUACAGAAACAAUUAAGUCUACAAAUAAAGAAAAACGACAAAUUUACAAUAAAAAUUAUGAAGGUGAAAUAAAAAAUGAAGACGUAUUUUUAAAAGCUUAUAAAAAUUGCAAAUUAUUGGUAGGCGAACGUAUUCUUCGCAUGGGUGAUCAAGAUCCUGAGAAAAUAAGAAAAUGUGUUUUUGAAGAAUUGCAAAAAUUGGAAUCAUAUGAUGGCGAGUACACAAAACUUUUGGAUAAUUCGAAAAUUAUUAGAAAACUGUAAGUGUAAAAAAGAAGAAAAACUUUUACGGGAAUAAUUAAUUAAGAAUAAAGAAUAAUAUAAUUUUAACAUUACAUAGUAAUAUUGUUAUGAAUGAAAAUAAUAUAA